AUGUACCUCCUUGUGUAUGUGGAUGAUAUUGUCCUGGUGAGCUCAUCUCCGACGGCUGCUGAUGCUCUUGUGACUGCACUUGGUCAUGAUUUUGCAGUUAAGGAUUUGGGACAACUUCAUUUCUUCCUGGGUAUUGAGGUCGCUCAUCAGUCUCGUGGCAGUUUGGCUCUCACCCAGAAAAAGUACUCUCUUGAUCUCUUGCGCCGUGCUGGUAUGCUCAAGUGCAAGCCAUCGCCUACGCCCAUGUCCUCCACUGACACCCUUUCUGCUGCUGAUGGUGCUCUUCUCUCUCCUGAGGAUGCUACUGAGUACAGGAGUAUUGUUGGUGGCCUGCAGUAUCUGACGAUCAUGUGUCCUGAUCUCUCCUUUGCGGUUAACAGGGUGUGCCAGUAUCUUCAUGCUCCCACUGAUGUACACCGGUCUGCUGUGAAGCGCAUACUGCGUUAUGUGCGUCUCACUGUCUCCUUUGGUCUUCACCUGCGCCCCAGUUCCUCCGGUGUUCUUUCUGCAUUCUCUGAUGCUGAUUGGGCUGGGUGUCCAGAUGACAGGCGAUCCACGGGGGGACAUGCUGUGUUCUUGGGUCCUAAUCUGAUCGCCUGGAGUGCACGCAAGCAAGCCACUGUUUCCCGCAGCAACACAGAAGCUGAGUACAAGUCGGUUGCCAAUGCAACCGCUGAACUUAUAUGGAUUGAGUCCCUACUUCGAGAGCUAGGAGUUGCUCAGCCACAUCCUUCGGUCCUUUGGUGUGACAACAUCGGUGCUACGUUUCUGUCGUCAAACCCGGCGUUUCAUGCACGGACUAAACACAUUGAGAAUGACUAUCAUUUUGUGAGGGAACGUGUUGCACAGAAGCUACUACAAGUCAGCAAGGAAUUCAACCCGGACACCUACCUGUAUUCGGUGGUACUCACUGCAACCCAAGCAUUUGUAUACUCACCUGGCAAUGUGAGUGUCAGCGGAGUCAGGGAUUACUUAUACUUACUACAGUAUUUAUGUAUCGGCGAGCGCAAUGAAGCAUCACUGAUUGAAGGUCCAGCAGAUGGGACGACGCCACAGAAAGAAAUGCAGUCUGCUUCUGCGUGGAUGCAUGCAUGCAACCAUGGACACAACACAGCAAGAGACAAAGACAGCAGAGGACAGGUCUCAUUAUCAUCUUGUGAGCUGAAAAGUCUGGCCAAUGAGACACUCAUCUCCCGCCCUUUACUAUGCACUGGAGUAUUUUGA